CUGGAUGCGGGGGGAGCGGCACGGCUCGGCACGGCUCGGAGGGGCUGGGGCCGGCUGGCGAGCUGUCCUGCCCCGCGGACCCCGGGCCGGGCUCCGACAGCCGGCCAUGGCCUCCAAGCUGUUGCGGGCGGUGGUGCUGGGACCCCCCGGCUCGGGGAAGGGGACGGUGUGCGAGAGGAUCGCCCGCAGCUUCGGGCUGCAGCAUCUCUCCAGCGGCCAGUUCCUGAGGGAGAGCCUCGACGGCGGCGGGGAAGUUGGUGUCUUGGCAAAGCAGUACCUUGAGCGAGGCCUUCUGGUGCCCGACCACGUCAUCACACGCAUGAUGAUGACGGAGCUGGAGAAGCGGCGAGAGCAGCACUGGCUGCUGGACGGUUUCCCUCGCACGCUGGGGCAAGCCGAGGCGCUGGACAGGAUCUGUGAGCUGGACCUGGUCAUCAGCUUGAACAUCCCCUUUGAGACGCUGAAGGAUCGCCUGAGCGCGCGCUGGGUCCACCCAGCCAGCGGGAGGGUGUACAACAUGGACUUCAACCCUCCUCAUGUCCGGGGUGUUGAUGACCUGACGGGUGAGCCGCUGGUCCAGAGCGAGGACGACAGACCUGAGGCCGUUGCUGCCAGGCUCAGAAAAUACAAAGAUGCUGCAAAGCCAGUGAUAGAGAUGUACAAGAGCAGGGGCAUCCUUCACUCCUUCUCGGGCACAGAGACCAACAAGAUCUGGCCGUACGUGUACACCCUGCUUUCCAGCAAGAUCCCCCCCAUCCUCUCGGAUGAGGAGAACUAAACAGCUUGUCCAAGGACCAAGAGUUGAUUCCAUCAUGGAUUCAGUUUCUCUGUGCGGUGCUGGGGCUGUGCUCAGUUUAGGCGACUGUGUGGUAUCUUGUGUCCCUUCCCUGGGUGUACUGGGUGUCAUCGGUGGGUACAUGGUUAUAGCCAGUACCAGGGUGAAAAGGUCUUUGUCUAUAAGGUCAAGUCUGCUGGAAUAAGGUGGGUUUAUUCUCUUUGGA